ACAAGCUCUCUCUCUCUCUCUCUCUCUCUCUCUUUCUUUCUCUCUUUAGCUUUUAGAAAUUCAUGGCUGAGGUUGAAGAAAGCCACAACACACAAGGAAUCAAGCUGUUUGGAGCAACAAUACCGGUCCAGACAAAACAACCCAAGGAAGAUAUUAAGUCAAAGAGCAAGGCCGCCGUCGCCGACGGCGGUGAUCAGACCGCCGGAGAAGACCAGAAGCGGCCGGAAAAGAUUAUUCCCUGUCCGAGAUGCAAGAGCACGGAAACCAAGUUUUGUUACUUCAACAACUACAAUGUUAACCAGCCCCGGCACUUCUGCAAAGGCUGCCAGCGCUACUGGACGGCCGGCGGCGCCCUCCGCAACGUCCCCGUCGGAGCCGGCCGCCGGAAGAACAAGCCGCCCUGCCGGGGCUUGAACGGCGGCCUGUCUGAGGGCUGCUUGUUCGAUGCUUCCGGCGUGAACCAGCUGGAGUUCGACGGCGAGGUGGUGGAGGGGUGGCAGGUGGCGGAGAACGGAGACUUCCGCCACCUUUUUCCGGCCAAGAGGAGGAGGAACACCUCCGGCAGUCAAUCUUGUUGAUUCCUUAUUUUGUCGUGUAGCGGAAUUAUUCUACUCUGAAGAAGAAAAUUGAAAGACAGAAAAAAAAAAGAAAAAAAAAAGAAAUUUCUAGCUGACUUAGCUUCUUGAUGUGUAUAUACAAGCUGUCAUUAUGUGUAGUAUCUAUUUAAUUAUCAAGGAAUAA